AUGCCACUUGGCUGUCGGUUUUACGCAAAUCAGUUUCCAGAUGUUGAAGAUACUGUGAUGGUUAACGUUAGGCAAAUAGCUGAGAUGGGCGCCUACGUGUCUCUUCUUGAAUAUAAUAAUAAAGAAGGUAUGAUCUUGUUAUCGGAACUGUCUCGGCGCAGGAUACGAUCUGUUAAUAAAUUGAUACGUGUUGGCCGUAACGAAUGUGUUGUUGUAAUAAGGGUUGACAAAGAGAAAGGUUAUAUCGACUUGUCAAAGCGUCGCGUUUACUCAAAAGAUCUUAUUCAAUGUGAAGAUCGAUUUGCGAAAGCAAAAGCUGUAAAUAGCAUAUUACGCCAUGUAGCAGACCAGUUAGGUUAUCAGAAAGAGGAAGAGCUGGAAGAUCUGUAUGAAAGAACGGCAUGGUACUUUGACAAGAAGUUGAAAAAAAAGGCUGCAGCCUUCGAUAUUUUCAAAAAAGCUAUUAGUGACCCAUCUGUUUUAAACGAGUGUGAUAUUUCUGAAGAAAUAAGACAAAAACUGUUACAAGAUAUCAGAAAACGUCUGACUCCUCAGGCUGUUAAAAUCAGAGCUGACAUUGAGGUCUCAUGUUUUGCUUAUGACGGAAUUGAUGCUGUUAAAGAAGCUUUAAUAAAAGGGCAGCAGUGUUCAACGCAUGGUGUUCCUGUUAAAAUAAAUCUUAUUGCUGCUCCUUUGUUUGUCGUAACCGCUCAGACUUUGGAACGAACUGAGGGCUUAGAGGCAGUUAAUGUUGCCUUAGAUGUUAUUAAAACAACGAUCGAAUCUCACCAGGGUUCUUUUAAAAUUGUCACAGCGCCGAAGGUUGUUACUGACUUGGACGAGGAAGAAAUUAAGAAGAGAAUGGAGCUUAUGGAGCUUAACGAAGACCAAGAAGGCAGUGAAGAGGGAAGCGAUGAUGAGGGGCUAGUAGCUCCAAAAGGACUUGACCAGCAGGCAGAUGCUCAGGAAGCUAGUAGAAAAACAGAAAAAGAGACAUCAGAUCAGGAAUCGGAAUGA